AUGGCAUUCAGCGUUGAAAUAUCAGCAAGGCCAGAAGAAUCCAAAUGUCCGGAUGGAGAUCGUUCAAAUGAAUCCCACAGAUUUAAUAACACCGAGGUGUGUGCGAGUUUAAGGAAUAGUAUCAUCAUGUCUUUCAACAUAAGCUCUUUGAUGAAUUCUACCAGUGCAUUUUCAGAAGGACCCUCUGACUACAAUUUCCCAGUUGAACGCUGGGUUGUUCAGCUACAUGCAUCUUUCUAUGGUGUGGUGUUUGCUGUAUUUUUUUACAUUAAUGCAUUGAUGGUGUUUAUUUUCUUUAAAGAACACUAUUUUCGGCAAAAUGCACGAUACAUUUUGUUUAUUAACUUUCUUGUUAAUGAAACCAUUCAAUCUUUCUUGUCAAUCCUUCUGUACAUUUAUUUAAGUCAAGGGGCAACCAUGCUUUCUUUAGUUUGUGCAGUCUUUUUUUCUUUUAUUUCUGCUACUAGCUUUUACUCUCCUUUGUUUCUUGCAGCAAUGGCUAUGGAGCGAUACAUUGCUGUCUGUAAUCCUUUGAGACAUGUGCAGAUCUGUAGCAAUAAAUGGGUUUGCAUUGUACUCUGCACCAUCUUUUUCAUUGGUGAAAUACCUAAUGUUGUGGUGUUCUCGUUGUUUACAUCAGAACAGCCACUAUCAGCCUUUUUUACAUAUAAAUACUGUACUCGCGAAGUCUUCAUCAAUUCCCCAUCUCAGAACACAGCCCGAAUUGUAUUUUAUCUGAUGUUUUUUGUACCAGUGUGGAUUGUCAUUAUUUAUACUUAUUUCUGCAUUAUGAUUGAAGCUAAGCGAGCAGCAGGAGAUUCAUCAUCCCUUUCCAAGGCACAAAAAACAGUCUUCUUGCAUGGAAUUCAGAUGUUACUGUGCAUGACUUAUUUCUGCCUGCCUCUUCUUGAGCUUUGCUUCUCGUCUGCUCCAGCUUAUGUCCUACAUCACACUCGCUUCAUCUCCUACUUUUUGACCAACUUGCUGCCAAAAAUACUGAGCCCACUGAUUUAUGGAGCCCGUGACGAAAACUUCAAAAAAUAUUUAAAGUUUCAUCUUUCCUGUUUCACAAACAAUGUCAGACCUUUGAAUGUGAAUAGUAAAUAG